AUGGCUCGAUAUCAAGGCCCCGACAGCUCCACCGUGUUGGAGCACGCCGCCGACGACACCUAUACUGCACUUGACAACGAUGCCGAACAUAUGGAUGAAGAUGCAGCCUGGCUUCGGGAACAGAGAGAUACCAAUAAGAACUUGCACUGGCUCAAGAGGCCUUCGGUGAUUAUGUUGGGUAUUUGUAUCUGGAUGGCUUCAGCGUCUCACACAAGUGGAGAAGGUACGCGUCAAGCGUUGACUUUCAAGUUGGCGUGUAACACGAUUUCAGAAGGUUCAGGCACCUGUGAUUCCACAGAGACCCAGUUGCUUGUAUCGAAGCUCCAGCAGUACUAUGCUGUGUGUCUGGGAGUUAUCACGAUGUUUGCUUCAGGAAAAGUCGGCCCGCUUUCGGACCAGUACGGCCGUAAGGCGUUUAUGUUGGCUGUAGUGAUUGGCUUGUUCUUGGGUAAGUUGCUGAAACUUAUAGUGAUGCUGAGCUACAACGAAUUGCAGUUCACGCUUAUGGUGCUCACGGAGGUUUUGCAGAACAUUGGUGGUGGUAUCGUGUGCUACGUGACGUUGGCAUCGUGCUACGUUUCUGACAUUGCUGAAACCCACCAAAGAACGUACUUUUUGGGUAUCAACAUGGCAGCGCUUUUCCUUGGUUUCUCUAUUGGACCGCUUAUCGGUAACGCCUUGUUGAGAUGGGGCACUGGAGGCGCCGAUUCCAAGGAAGCCGCUAAUACCAUUGCUCCAGGCGAGUUCCUCCCAUUAAAGUUCGAAUUGUGCCUUUAUGCAACCUUGAUGGUGCUCUUGGCCUUUGUUUUGCCAGAAUCUCGUUCGGAAAAGGCCCGCCAGAAGUCCAGAUCGCUCUCUCGCUCGCUGCUGAUUGCCCUGAUUCCUCAGGAAAGCCUGAUCACCGCUAAAGGCUCGAUUUUGCUUAGACAGCUCAAUUUCUUGCGUCCUGUCAGGCUCAUUUUCUACCCCAAGGACUCUGUGCCCGUUUCUAGACACCGCUCUAUUCGUGCCUACAGAACGGCCGUCGUUGUGCUUUUCUUCACUGAGUGUAUCAUGGUGUCGCUUGUCAUUCCUCUUGGUGAGAUUUUCAUUCUUUACGGUAUCUGGAGAUUCAAGUGGGGCGCCACGGAUAUUGGCCACCUUCUUGCUGUGUCCAGUUCCUCCAGAGCAUUCAUGCUUAUCGUGCUUUCGCCAAUCAUCCACCACAAGUUCUUUGAAGGGCUUCUCAAGCUCAAGGUUCACCACAAAUACCUCGAUGACGUGGACUUUGGCAUGAUCACGCUGGCGUUUGCCAUAGAGAUAAUCGGCAUGACGUUGCUUUCGAUGGCCGGCUCGGGCGGCGUUUUCUUGAUCUGCUUGGUCUUCACCUCUUUUGGCACUUUGGCUGGUCCAGCUCUCAAUUCUGCCAUUGUCAAGUUCUACCCUGAGCUGCGAAUUGGAGAGGUUUUCGGCGCCAUGGCGCUCAUCAAGAACACUUUGGGAAUUGUGGUUCCGCUUUCGAUGUUGGCGCUUUACAAGUUUGCCUUGAAGAGCUGGCUGUUCCCACAGGUUGUGUUCUUGUUCAUGGCCUCCUGUUUCUUCGUUUUCCUUCUUGCCGUUUCCUACGUCAAGUGGGUGCUUUACAAGGAGCACCAGUACUUGGCCUUGCUGGGAAGCUCGCUUACCCCAUCGUCGUCCUCGUCGUCUCUUUCAGCGCUCAACGAAGGUUCAGACUCAGAAACACCAACCACGCCAAAACCAGACAGCACGGCCAGAAGGUCGCUGUCGCCCAACCAUUCCCGCAACGCCAGUUUCUCCGUUUAA